GUACCAUUUAUUCGAACAGAAAAAAGAAGAAAAGAAACGCAGGCAGAGCAAUAGAAGAAGCUAUGGGCCACCAUUCUUGCUGCAACCAGCAGAAGGUUAAGAGGGGACUUUGGUCUCCUGAGGAAGACGAAAAGCUCAUUCGCUACAUAACUACUCAUGGCUACGGAUGUUGGAGUGAAGUCCCUGAGAAAGCAGGGCUUCAAAGAUGUGGUAAAAGUUGUCGCUUGAGAUGGAUCAAUUAUUUGAGACCUGACAUCAGACGAGGAAGAUUUACUCCAGAGGAGGAGAAGCUGAUAAUCAGCCUUCAUGGUGUUGUAGGAAAUAGGUGGGCUCACAUAGCAAGUCACUUGCCUGGGAGAACAGACAAUGAAAUAAAGAACUACUGGAAUUCAUGGAUCAAGAAGAAGAUAAGAAAACCCACCACACCACGGGCAAUGGCUCCAUCCAGUGUUGAGUUUGUCCAAUCGGGUUACGGAUUGAAUCAGAUAGGUUUGGUCAAUCAGGAUUUGAGUACAAAGCCACCGGUUGAGGAUGGCUUGUUUUCUUCUUCUUGCCCUAUUUUCAUGUUCGACAUUGGUACAGUUGAUGGGCUCAGCAGUGGCAAUGCUCGAGUGGAUAUUUUCCACGAAUCUGCCGGCCUAAAUUCUGACUCUUGGCAUCAAAAUUACAGUACUCAUGAAGUUCAAGCAAUUCCUCCUCCUCCCCCAUCGUUUACAUCUGGAAUGGAGUCGAAUUAUUUGCCACCACUGAUAGAGAAUGUAGAGACCAUGGUGCCCAUGGAGGACCAAGCGUGUAGUAUGAAUGAGAAUGGAGAGAUUGGGUUGGAGUGUUUACAGAGGCAAGAGUCUAGUGAAUGGGUUGACUCCCAUCAGUACCCAGGAUUUCUAAUUUGGGAUCAUGUCGAAGCACAGAUGUGUGGAGAUGGAGUUGUACCUGCAGCUUCAGCAAAUCUGGGACAUAUAUUAUCUUCUUAUCCCCAAUCUUUAUAAUUAAGCUACUUACUAAUGGUGGUUAACAUGAUUCUCUCUCUCUCUCUCUAGGGGGGGGGGAGGCUUCUAAUGAGUGGUGAUUAUUUAAACACAGUUUGUAUACUUUUUGCUUUUUUCUUUUGAUUGAUUGGUUUUGGAUAGGUAUAAGACUGAUUGAAGAA